AUGUCCACCCUAAGGUCUGCAGAAAGCCUGUCAUGGCUGCGUUUGGUGCUCCUGUUUGCCCUGCUUCUCUCACCUGUGAGAGCCCUGUACUUCUACAUGGACGGUACUGCCCAAAGAUGCUUUUACGAGGAACUCCCGAAAGACACCUUAGUUGUUGGUUCAUAUAAAGCCGAAGCAUUCAAUUCCGCGACAGAAGCAUUCAUACCGACCUCCGACCUCCAAAUCCUCGUCACGGUCGAUGAGACAUUUGACAACGAUCAUCGCGUUGUAAAGCAGACUACAACUUCAUCGGCCAAUUGGUCUAAGUUUAUGUUCACAGCCGCCGAUAGCGGUCUACAUCGGAUAUGCUUCACGCCUUCAGGUUCAGCAGCUGUCAGUGUUGGGGGUUGGUUCAGCAGUGGACAAGGCGUGCUUGGGGGUGUGAGGAUGUAUUUGGAUCUAGCCAUCGGUGCAUCGAGCACGAUCGAAAGCGAUGAUAAGGAUAAGAUUGAGAGCAUAGUCGGCAAAGUCAAGGAUUUGAAUGCUAGGUUGCAGGACAUCAGGAGGGAGCAGGUUUUUCAAAGGGAGCGUGAGGCUGAAUUUCGAGACCAGAGUGAAGCCACGAACGCAAAGAUCGUUAGGUGGACUCUGGUGCAACUGGGUGUGCUGGGCCUUACAUGUGCCUGGCAACUAUCGCAUCUGCGAUCAUUCUUCAUCAAACAAAAGCUUACGUGA